AUGAGGUUUGAUCCCUUCUCUAUUCCAGAGUCACUUGUUCGCAUUUUUCUAUUCAUCGGCUUCAAACUGAUAUCCACUUCAGCGGUCGCCUCUCUUCUUGACGCAUCUCUACUUCAGCAUAUAAUGUCCACCUCCGAUGCAUUUAGCCCAGCAAACAGGGGCUCGUAUGUUUCAGCCGAAUUCUCCCAAUCAUUUUUAGCUCUCACUGCUAUUCUACGUGAAGGUGUUUCCAAUGAAACCCUUCCAGACAAUGCUUUGACCAACAUCGUAAGAAGCUGCCAUUUUGGAUUCUCACAAUCAUCGGACCACGAAGACUCCACGCAAAGCACAACUGCUUGUUUGAUGGUGUCAAAAUUUCCUUUUGAUUCGAAUUCUACCUUGAGGGCAACAGAUUUGCGAUACGACUAA